CGGUAUUUCUGAAGAAAAUAAGAAACAGGAGCGAGCGGGAGCGGAGCGGUGUCUCUGCGGUCGGUGCUGGAGCUUCUCUCGGUCGCUCCGUGGACGGAAAACCGCGCAGUUUUUUGUUUUUUAUUUACACUGGGCUGCUUUUCAGGUUUAUAAGCUUAUCCACUCGGACCACAUGUUGAGGAUAUCUGUGCAGCUCGGCAGGGCGGAGGAAGGUCUGGAAAGGUUACCGAGGCGGCGGCGGCGGCGCAUCUCCGUGUCCGGAGCGGAGGAGUGAAGAACCGGAGAGAACCUCGCGAUACGGUACCCCGCGAUACGAUACCCGCCUCACGAUAUCCUUAAUAUCGAUAAAUCACUCCAUAAACCAGUGCCAUCAGAGGGAGAUUUUCACUCAUAGCAGGAAGAGGAAUAUUUUGUGGGCAGAAUGAAUCACCUGUCGCUAAGCGAGCUGUGCUGCCUGUUCUGCUGCCCGCCGUGCCCGAGCAGGAUCGCGUCGAAGCUGGCGUUCCUGCCUCCGGAGCCGACGUACACGCUGCUGAGCGACGAAAGCGGCACCCGCUGGACCCUGCACCUGUCCGAGCGCGCCGACUGGCAGUACUCGUCGCGCGAGAAGGACUCCAUCGAGUGCUUCAUGACGCGCACGGUGCGUGGCAACCGCAUCGCCUGCAUGUUCGUCCGCUGCUCGCCGAGCGCCCGCUACACGCUGCUGUUCUCGCACGGGAACGCCGUCGACCUCGGACAGAUGAGCAGCUUCUACGUGGGGCUCGGCUCGCGCAUCAACUGCAACAUCUUCUCCUACGACUACUCGGGCUACGGCGCCAGCUCGGGAAAGCCGUCCGAGAAGAACCUGUACGCUGACGUUGACGCAGCAUGGCAUGCCCUCCGAACCAGGUACGGUAUAAGGCCAGAGAACGUGAUCGUGUACGGACAGAGUAUUGGGACGGUGCCGUCUGUGGAUCUGGCCGCCCGUUACGAGAGCGCCGCCGUCAUCCUGCACUCUCCGCUCACCUCGGGCAUGCGCGUGGCCUUCCCCGACACCAAGAAGACGUACUGCUUCGACGCCUUCCCCAACAUUGACAAGAUCUCGAAAGUGACGUCGCCGGUGCUGGUGAUCCACGGCACGGAGGACGAGGUGAUCGACUUCUCGCACGGCCUGGCUCUGUACGAGCGCUGUCAGAGGCCCGUGGAGCCGCUGUGGGUGGAGGGCGCCGGGCACAACGACGUCGAGCUCUACGGCCAGUACCUCGAGAGACUCAAGCAGUUCGUCAGCCACGAGCUCGUCAACUUGUAGGACGAUGACGAGCAAACGGACAGGAAAAAAAAAAAAAAAAAAACCUCACAGCUGCCGACUGCACCUCACACACUGGCUACAGGGAACUCCACGACAGAGUUUAGCUUUUCUUUUUUUUUUUCUCUUUUUUUUUUUUUUUUCUCCCUCUUUUCUUUUUUUUUUUUGUUCCCCCACCAUACUUGACAGAGCCGGGGAGUGACCCAGACUGCCUUUUCAAGUGUGUGUAAGAGACAGAAAGACAGAGAGAAAGGGGACAGAUGUCAUGGCUGCCCAUCUCCAUGAGGUUAACCAUCUGUACAAGAGCUCUAGGUGUGUGCGUUUGUGCGCGUGUGUGUGUGUGUGUGAGAGAGAGAGAGAGACAGAAAGAGAGACCCAUCCUUGUUUUUGAUUUUGCAUCUCUCACUGUGUGUGUGUGCGCGCGCGUGUGUGUGCUGAUAAUCAUAUAUCCAGUGAUAUAUAACACAAUAUUAUCACAGACAGAACAUGAUCACUACCUCUGUGUUCCAGUUGGGAUGAGGUGCUUUUUUUUUUUUUUUUUUUUAAGCAGCAUCGGUAGCAUGUCAUGUGUCCUGAUUAAAAAUCCCAUAAUUCCAUUCAGCACGUUUGUUUUUUGUUGUUGUUUUUUUGAGGUAAACAAAACUGACACUGCAGCUCCAGUUACGAGCUACAGUCAGUGUGUGUGUAUAUAUAUAUAUAUAUAUGUGUGUGUGUGUGUGUGUGUGUGUGUGUGUGUGUGUGUGUGUAUAUAUAUAUACA